GUGACGGCAACGGCGACGGUCUUGAAUGGGAUUUUUCGUUUCCCUCAAGUCUAACGCAGAUGCCUUGUCUGCUAUAAUGGGUUGGUCCCUUGUGCAGUUUUUCUCUUACUGGGGUUUGAGUCUCCUGCUUGCGUGUGCAACCCUACCGUUAGUGACACUGAGAGCGACUUCAUUGUGACCUUCUGCAGUGAGCUGAAUACCUUCAUGCUACAUCGAAUGAUUUUAGAAGUUUCUAGAAAUAGUACACGUUUGGCUGUACUCUAGUGUAUCAGCUAGUACAAUUUACAUGUCGAUAUUGUCACUUUUCCGGGUGUAAUGUCUUUUUUGGAUGUACAUGUUAUCUACUGCUUAAGCAAUCGCUAUUCGUUGGAAACAUGCAGCAGUCACCAUGAUCAUCUCAGUAAUAUCCAGGUCCAAACACUGCCCCUCGGGAUUGUGCUGGUGAGUUGGGGUUCAACUCUUCCCACAUUCGUACACCGAGGUGAAGUUUUGCAUUCUAAGGCGACCAGCAGCCAUUUCUAUCUCCCAUUGAGCCUAAGACCGCUACUAUCCUCCUCUCCAGUGACUCUUCUAGACAAAUCCAGUAAUCACUACUUCACCGAAGGCCAAUCGCUGUUUUACUCGGAAGUGACAUUGCAUACGGCGAUGGGACAAACUAUGUUUGCUUGAUAUCCUCACCUCUGUGUAACUUCAGAUAUACCUAUCAGAAAUCUCCUAUUGCCCCAGAAGAGCAGAUCUAAAAGUCACAUAAACUACAAUAUGGAAUUUUCUUCGUUGUUAUCUCCUAAUAUUCCCGGUUGUACAUGAGUGUAAGCCUCAUUCUGUUGGGCAAAACCCAUCGUUUCACAGCGAGGGGGUAUUUCUUCCCCCCAGGUAUAAAACACUCGCUGGAUAUCCAUCUCAUUCUCUCGAAUCCAGCAACAUUUCAAUAAACGUUAUUACAGCCCUACAAACCUCACAACCCUUUCAAAUUUUACAACCUAAUCUUUCAAAACAUACUUUUGUCUUCAACCAUUAUCACAAUGAAUCUUACUUGCCUCCGCAAACACAAUCCCAAUGCUUUCCGCCAAUUAGACACCCACAUCGACCCAAUCUACCUCCAAACACCACACCGACCCCAAACUGCGCUCGCACAUUCCCUGAUUAUCCCACGCACCCAUCCUUCCCACAAUUCUACUCAUAUCUAUAACGACUGCCAGUCCUGUGAAGACGAUCCACGAACUGGUGCUCAUUACUGCCGUACUUGUAUCGAAGCUCAAUAUUAUUCACUCCAAUCUCAAUCUUAUUCACAAUCUCAGAUCCAAGAUAUGUACUAUACCACGUGCGAAUGUCCGCAUUGCGACAGUGGUUUGAAUUCCUAUACGAAUAGCGCGAGAGGGUAUACGAGGGGUGAUGGAAGAUGUUCAAGCAUAAAUAUAGAGCCUGUUACCCAGCAAUUACAUAAUGCAGGAAGAUACGCCCAUCUGUCUCGCAGUAGACUCGGACGAAGUCCUUAUAGAGAUGUCGGAUUACUUGGUUCAGGUACAUGUUUAGGCGCGGCAGGUGGAUUGAGUGGCUUGGGAAACGUAGGUGGUCUCGGAAGUCUGGGUGCUCUUAGUGGUUUUGGGGGAGUGAGAGAUAUGAGAGAUGCAAGGCAUCACGGCGGAAGAUGUGGGCUACAAAAUAAUCGGCUUUCAUAUCGGAUUUAGGUUUUACCUCCUAGCUUGUUGUCGUUUGCGGGUUAUACCAUUGUUAAGUUUCAUUUUGUUCAAGUCUGUAAUAGAGACCAUGGGAGGAAGCAGGGGUCACAAAUAGGAAGGAGUCAGUCGAGGAUUAUU